CUGUGUUUGGGUGCAAAACCUCACAUUUUACAAUCGACGGAUUCAAUAAGUUAGGUUUUUGAUUUGGGUUUUUGAAAUCAUGGCGAUAAGGUCAAGGGAGAGGAUUGCAAGUCUCAUAAACUCGGUUAAGUACGCCAUGCACAUUCCUGUGAAGCUUGAACUUUUGCGCCAACUGGAGAAUGAAUUGUCGGAUGCUGACUCUGUUCUACUCUCUGACUUUCUUCCUUCUAUCCUCCAGCUCCAAUCUGACCCUUUCAGUCCUGUUCGGAGGUCAAUUACAGAGAUGGUUGGUAAUAUUGGACAGAAGCAUACAGAAUACACUGAUGAAGUUGUAGAUGUUUUGCUAACUGCCAUUGGUGAUGACACGCCUGCUGUGGUUCGGAAAGCCAUUACUUGCGGAACUAUUCUGUUCCGUACCAUCCUUUGGAAAAUUGCUAUUCAGGGCUUGCACUCGGGUGAAUUGGAUGAUUCAAUUGCAUCAUCAUGGACACGGGUUCUAAAGUUGAGAGAUGAGAUAAAUUCAAUAGUAUUCCAGCUUGAUUACAAGCCAGGAUGUGAUGGAGUUAAAUUGCUGGCCGUCAAGUUUAUUGAAGCAGUUGUUCUCCUUUAUACACCUGAUCCCAGUGGACCAUCAGAGCCACCUCCACAUAAAUCCUCUGUAGAAGAAUUCCCAGAGUUCAACAUUUCUUGGCUUCGUGGAGGUCAUCCAAUACUAAAAGUUGGAGAUUUAUCUGUUGAGGCUGGUAGAAGUUUGGGUCAACUACUGGAUCUGCUCAGGAUGCCAACUGUUAAAUCACUUGGUCACUCAAUGGUCAUUGUUCUUAUUAACAGCCUUUCUGGAAUUGCAAUGAAAAGACCUGCCUUUUUUGGUCGGAUUUUGCCCGUCUUACUUGACCUGGAUCCUUCAACUGCUGUUAUCAAGGGAUUGAGUGUUAAUGCAGAGCAUCUUGCUUUGAGAAAUGCCUUUAUUUCCUGCUUGGAAUGUACACAUCCUGGAGCUAUGCCGUGGCGAAAUCGCUUAGUGGAAGCAUUAAGAACCAAAUCUGAGGGCUUGGCAGAAGAAGCCAUUGACCCUGCCUAUCAAACCAAUGGAAGUGCUAUAGCUAAGGAAGAUCCUGCUACUGUCCAGGAGGAUAAGCGGUCACUUGAAGAACGUGACGACUUGCAUGGUAGCAGUGGAAGAAAAAGACCGCAUGAUACUGUAGAAGAUGGCGAUGGGUCUGUGAAACGUAUAAGAUCAACACCUGUCUUAACGGAAGAAACAACCCAAAAUUUCAAUAAGAGUCAAAAUGGUGCUUCCAGUGGAGUGUCAUCUAAAAUAGUCAAAGAUAAUGGACAUGUUCAGAAACUUGUUACCAUGUUUAGUUUAUUAGCCGCACAGGGUGAAGAAACAGCCGGAACAAUAGAGAUCUUAGCUUCUAGCAUAUCUACUGACUUGCUUGCAGAGGUGAUUAUGUCUAAUAUGACGAACCUCCCUGCUGUCCGUCCCAAGGUAGAAGCAGAUGAUGGGUUGUCGUCCCGACCAAAUGUUGACGCUGAAUUCAAAAAACUAUAUUCUUUUUUGUUGUCCUUGCUUACAUUACCCAGUGAGUCUCAACCAAUGGAUUGUGGUCCGGAUGUGCAAAGAGUUUCAUCUGAUAUUCAGAAGGUUGAUGAUGAUGAUCACAAAUUGGCCAGUCUUACCCCGUGCAGUAAAGUACUCCCUGGGGUAUGUCAUGGAACAGAUCAAACAUUUAUAUCCUCCACAGAAAUGUCUGUUACUUGUCCUGUCUCAGCUCCUUCAACUUCAGGUGUUGGUCUUUCAACUAUGCCUUUUCAAGUACCCGAUGUUGGGAAUCUAAUGAGUGAGAUACCUGGACUGGAUUCUGUUGUUCAUGAUUCUGUUGUUCAUCACACCCCUGAAUUGCCUAAAACACUGACUAUUCCCUCAUUUCCGCCAUCUGAGCUUGAAGAUCAAAAUCAACCGCAAUCGUCUUCUUUGGGGUUGGCAUCAGUUGAAUUUCUGGCAUCGAUAUCAACUGACAGAUCUGAGGAACUGACAAAUGACGUAAAUGGCAUCAACGGUUCAACAGCGUCUUCAGUUAGCUUACCUGUACAAUUUGUUCUGCCCAAGAUGUCUGCACCUGUCAUCAGCAUAACUGAUGAAGAGAGAGAUCAUUUACAGAAGUUGGCUUUUAUGCGAAUUAUCGAGGCUUACAAACAAAUCUCCUUUGCUGGAGGUUCAGAAGCACGGUUUUCUCUACUUGUCUAUCUAGGAGUUGAGUUUAAAAAUGAACUGGAUCCUUGGAAGCUUCUUCAAGAACAUAUUUUGUCAGAUUAUGUUAAUCAUGAGGGACAUGAGUUUACAGUGCGCGUACUCUAUAGGUUAUAUGGUGAAGCAGAAGCAGAACAAGACUUCUUUUGUUCAACCAAUGCUACAUCUGUGUAUGCGACUUUUCUUCUGACUGUGGCAGAAACACUUCGAGAUUCUUUUCCUGCUUCUGACAAGUCUUUAAGCAAACUUCUUUGUGAAGCUCCUCAUCUACCUGUGUCCAUUUUCAAACUAUUGGAAUGUUUGUGUUGCCCUGAAAGUAUUAAUAAGGAUGAGAAAGAAGUACUUGGAGGGGACCGAGUUACUCAAGGUCUGAGUCUUGUAUGGAGCCUUAUUUUGUUGAGGCCGCCUAUUCGUGAUGGAUGCUUAAAAAUCGUUUUACAGAGUGCAGUUCAUCAUUUGGAGGAAGUGAGGAUGAAGGCAAUACGUUUGGUAGCAAACAAGCUUUUUCCUUUAGCAUCAAUUGCUCAACAAAUUGAGGAUUUUGCCAAGGACAAGUUGCACUCAGUGAGCAUUGUUCAUGCCACAGAAACUGUAGAUGCGGAGAUGUCUGAGGACUCCAGUUUAGAAAAACCUCAAGAAGAGCAAUCAAGCAUUGGUGCAAUUUCCAAAACUGUCCCUUUGGAUGCACACCAAUCAAACAUUUCUGAUAACUCACCAUCUUCAUUAACAGAGGCUCAGCGUUGCAUGUCGCUCUAUUUUGCAUUGUGUACAAAGAGGCACGCUCUUCUCCGUGAGAUAUUUGUCGUCUACAAAGAUUCACCAAAUGCAGUGAAGGAGGCUGCUAGUCAUCAAAUACCAAUUCUAGUUCGUACAAUGGGUUUAUCGUCAGAGCUUCUUGAAAUAAUUUCUGAUCCUCCUAGUGGAAGUGAAAAGCUUUUGAUACAGGUUUUGCAGACACUGACUGAUGCGACCACACCUUCUCCAGAGUUGAUAUCUACCAUCAUAAAUUUGUAUAGUACAAAACUCAAGGAUGUGGAGAUUCUAAUUCCUAUAUUACCAUAUUUGCCAAAAAAAGAGGUUUUGCAGAUUUUCCCACGUCUUCUUCUUCUUCCAUUGGACAAGUUCCAGGCAGCAAUUUCUCGUGUUUUGCAGGCAUCUAAUUCCAGUCAAGCCCCAACCCCGGCUGAAUUGUUGAUAGCAAUCCACGGAAUUGAUCCAGACAGAGAUGGAAUUCCAUUAAAAAAGGUUACUGAUGCAUGCAACUUUUGCUUUGAGCAACGUGAAGUAUUCACACAACAGGUUCUCGCAAAGGUCUUAAAUCAACUGGUUGAGCAAAUUCCUCUUCCGAUGUUAUUCAUGCGAACUGUCUUACAAGCUAUUGGUGUUUUUCCCGCGUUGAUGGACUUCAUAAUGGAGAUUCUUUCUCGUCUCGUAAACAAGCAGAUCUGGAAAUAUCCAAAGUUGUGGGUUGGUUUCUUAAAAUGUGCGCAAUUAACAAAGCCUCAGUCUUUCAGUGUUCUGCUCCAGCUACAACCGCCGCAGCUGGAAAUUGCAUUGAAUAGAAUACCAGCUCUUAGAGACCCAUUGGUUGCUCAUGCUAGCCAACCGCAUAUAAAAGCUUCACUCCCAAGGUCUGUAUUAGCAGUUCUCGGGAUAGCUUUAGAUUCUCAGAAUUCAGGUCAGGUACAAACAGUUCAAGCACAAACAGGAGAUGCUAGUAAUUCUAUUAAUAAUGAGUCUGCCACUGAGCAAUCCAAGGAGUCAUCAGCGGGCGCUAGCUAGUGACCUUGAUAAAACUGAGGUGUGCACAUCAUAUUUGACAAACCAAACGGUCCCUACUAACAUUUUGGGUCAGACAAGAGGCUUGCAAAGACAACAAGUCCUGUUCAAACAUGUAUAGAUUGACAUGUAGAAUGUGCUGCUGUAGUAGCAUCUUCAUGCUAAAACAAUACUGCUACUAUUUAGUUUCAUGUUUCAUUUAUGUUGUAUUAUGAUA